CGACUACAGAUUGCCAUCACAUAUUAAACCCCUUUUGUACGAAAUCAACUUGAUACCUAACUUAGAUAGCUUUACAUUUGACGGCACCGCAAAAAUUAAUGCUGAGGUAGUACAAGCAACUAACAAUAUUACGCUACACGUGGGAAACAUCCAAAUCAUAUCAGAGUCUGUUACAAUAUUCGGGGCAAAUCUUGAGUUUUUGAGUUCGUAUGACAAAAUUACUGAAAAGUACACUAUUACUCUUCCCAAAACUGUCGAGAAGGGUAGGAAACUUAUAAUUAGCUUUACGUACAAUGGAACUUUAUCCGACAACAUGAUCGGAUUUUAUAGGAGUUCUUAUCUCGACGAAAACAAACAGAUUAAACGGCUAGCUGCGACACAAUUUCAAACGACACACGCGAGACAUGCCUUUCCAUGCUUCGAUGAGCCAAGUUUUAAGGCACAAUUUAUAAUCCAUAUAGCAAGAGACGACAAUACUAAGACGCUCAGUAAUAUGCCAUUAAAAGAAUCUAUAAGACUAAAACCGGGAGCCAAGAUAUGGGAUGUAUAUGAGCAAAGCAUUCCAAUGUCUACCUACUUAGUGGCCUUUGUGAUUUCGGAUUUCGAUUUUCUACCUAAAACUUCUUCUUUUCUACCUACAAGAGAAAUCGCAUUUAAAGUAUGGUCCACACCAUCCACCAUUGACCAGGCCACUUACGCUUUGGAUGUCGGUCGUGCAGCUCUCGAGCUGCUUGAGAACAAGUUCGGUCAAACUUACGCACUUUCUAAAAUGGACAUGGUAGCCAUACCUGACUUCGCAGCCGGUGCCAUGGAAAAUUGGGGAUUGGUGACAUAUCGCGAAAGUCGAAUGCUG